AUGGCAGGUGUGGUGUACCCCAGACAGGCUCCUGUGGAUUUAGAGAUGUACCAAAGUUCUUAUAUGGUGAACUUCAAGCCCUACGGGGAGCGCAGAUACUCCAGCACCGUCCCUCAGGAGCAGUUGACACUCAAUGCCCGACUCAGGGCCAAAGAGUUUUACAGGGCCAGCCCCAAGCCCAACCCUAAACUGUCAGAUGGAUACCCUGCCUUCAGAAGACUCCACAUGACAGCCAAAGACCUGGGGCAGCCCGGCUACUUCCCACCACCAGAAGGGACGGCCAAGGUGGAGGACGAAAGAACAUUCACCAGAACCUGCCAUUGCACGUAUCCAGAUUCUCCAGCUCUGUACAUGGCUCAGGGAGAUCCUAACCAGUUUCACCAGAUCUGCCUGCUGGAGCCAGAGCACCAACCUGCCGAGGAAUUGGGCAAGGGCUUCAUGCUCCUGCCUGGCUGCUCCUGUCCUCGCCACCAAAUGGAAAAGGCCCCCAUCUUGUACCGGUGGGGACUGAUGCCAUUCUACCAGUAG